GUAUCUCGAAAGAGUUAUUCUAGAGACACUCAGGCUUUUCCCGCCUGUACCUGUAAUAGCCAGGAAACUCAAUGAAGAUGUAAGGAUUGGUAGUUACAGCCAAUUAUGUCGUCCCAAAGGAUGUCACUGUAGUAAUAGGGCAAUUCGUGGCACACCGUAAUGAGAAAUAUUACCCGAAUCCGUUGGUAUUCAAUCCGGACAACUUCCUACCGGAGAAAAUGCAGCGGAGACAUUACUACGCUUUUAUUCCAUUCAGCGCUGGAUCAAGAUCAUGCGUGGGGCGAAAAUACGCCAUGCUGAAAUUGAAGAUCCUGUUAUCGACGAUAUUGAGAAAUUACCGCAUUACUUCCGACGUGUCGUACCAGGACUUUGCUCUACAAGGCGACAUUAUCCUGAAAAGGAGCGACGGUUUCAACAUCAAGAUCGAGUCACGCAAAUCUACGUCUGAUAAAGGAGUUACACUAAUCGCGCAGAAGCGUGAAGAAGUAUAAAUUUAUCAAUAUAUACAAAUCUGGAUGAAAGUUCUAUUUCCUAUAUUUCAUUUGCUUGUCAAUCAGCCGA